CGGCCUUUCCCCUCGGACUAUAAAGCCACUACAACUCCACUUCCACCAAACAUUCGCUCGGCGAUCACUCAUUUGCUCUCACCAUGUGGCUGCUUAUCCUCGCAGGUCUCCUAACAAUCUCCGUUGGAGAGGAGACCAGCGUUGCCCAGAAGACAGUAUCAUCGGCGGCCAAUGCCGAUGACAUCGUUUUGCUGGAGAUUAACAUCAAAGAUCCUGUCAAGAGGUCUCCAGUUUCAAAUAGUGCCGUUUAUGGAGCUUCACCUAAUAGCCAAUUCGUUAUUCGACACGGUGAUGAGGCUCAAGAGCUAUCGCCUGAAUAUUUAGCCGUCUUGCGACAAUUCACGGGAACGGAACCUCAGGCGUACGCAAGGCCCAAUAAUGUACCUCAACGUAGGCCUCUUCCGGCAUAUGCCAAACAACAGCAAGCAUUACAGCAGGCAUAUUAUAAUUAUCGCAAACCCGCCGUGGUUCCUCCCAGACCAAGACCUCAGCUACAUCCCCAGGCAUUGAUUCAAACCGAGGCUGUAGCACAAGUUCCGGCAUUACGCGGUCCAUCUGGAGCAUCUACAUAUCAGAUAGAAUCUUACACCUCACCGAAGGUAGGCUCGUUCGAACAAGAGCUGAUACAACUGAUAUCCGCCAAUCAAGCUCAAGAGUUUAACUUGAUUCCGACGCAACCGAAAACCGGCUAUCCGCAACAAGACUACGUCAAACCAACGGCGAUUCCAACGCCUCAGUUACAACAAUAUCAUAUCGAAACUAGUCCGCCUCCUCGUUAUCCUCCGCAGCAACGAGUAGCAGCGGCAUAUCAAGCAAUUGAACAACCGGUCCAGAUUCAAUACCAAACAGCUCAAGCGGCAGAUUAUUCGACAAAAGGUGUUGAACCUUUUAGACCGUCUCCACAAUACGAUUACGUGGACGACGGUCAGUUAAGAGCCCAAUCCCAGGCGGAAGUCGAAGCAAACGCCAGGGCCCAAGCUCAGGCAGAGGCGCAGGCUUUAGCUUUUCAGAAAAUUGCUCAAGAUUCGUAUCAAAAACAUCGCGUAGCCGCUAUAGAACAAAUUAGACUUGAUCACGAGAGGUACAAGCAACAGAGCGCCUUGGAACAAAUUCAACAAGGAGCUCAGGUGAGCGAAGCCGGACAAGCUCAUCUCGAAGGUCGACUAGAACCCAAGGAUCCAGAAGCCGCUUAUCGAGCAAAGUUGAAAGCGCAGGCGGCUGCUGAAGCCGCUGAAGCCAGAAGAAUUCAAGCAAUUGCUGAACAAAAGGCCCACACCGAUGCUAUACGUCAAGUUGAAGCUCAACAGCAAGCCACAGUAAGGGCUCAGGAAAAAUUUCAUCAGGAUGCUUUGAACUUUGAAAGGAAUCAGGUGCGUGCUCAAGCCCAAGCUCAAGCAUUGGCAGAGGCUCAAGCUGAAGCAUUGUACAAAGCCUAUCAGCAAUCACGCGCCAAAGCGAACAGUGAGAUUUUGGCAGCCGCCAGAGCUCAACAAGAAGCCAAAAAGGUAGAUCCCAAUGGUACGCCAGUCAUCCAGUACCUUUUACCUAAUACUCCUAAGCUUCCGGCACCUAAUGAAUAUUUCACCAAUGACGACGUAAACAAGUAUCAGGCUUCCAGCUCUACCUACGCUCCUAGAUCCGUGACUAAACCAGAAUCGAGUGAGUCUACCAUUCAAGAACAAGCUUACAUUCAACCUGUUAUCAAUCAACCUCGUCAAGUGCACAAACUCAAAGUUCCACCGACUCAAUCCUCAGUUUAUAUUUCUCAAUCAGGUCUCUUGAAGAAGUCGCCGGUAAAGUCUGUCACCAUCGAAGAGAUUAUUGAUCAAGGCCAGCUAAACAACCCUCAAGUCGUACGUGUUCCUUCUCCUAAAGAUCAACAACCUCUGACACAGGAAGAAUUGUCUGCUUUAAUUAACGCCGGGUAUAGCAUCACUCCGAUACCUCAGACAGUAAAGCCUACUCAACAGAACUAUGUGCCGGAAAAUCCCUCCGGCGUGUACUACUUGAAAAAACAGCGACCAGCGGUUAGGCCUGAAUAUGUUACGUAUGAGGAAGUUUUGCCGCGACCACAAAGACCUACUAGAAAAAAUAUAUCUAUUCUCAAACAAGACAGACCUACUGCUAACGAAAAAGUUACCUUUUUAGUACCAUUGGAGCCUAGUUUUGGUACCAGACAACCGCCACUCAGAAAUAAUGAAUAAUCGAUUGUUUUCGUCAUUAUCAUCAAAAUGAUGACAAAGUUAUAGAUAAACCUGAAUGUUACUAUUAAUUUAAUUUUAUUACUUUUACAUCAAAUAGCAUAAUUUUCUUUCUUUUUUUUUAUUUCAAAUUUAAUAAUAAUGUCAAUCAAAAGAAUCAAUAUUCAUCAAGUGCAAUUCUAGUUUUUUUCAUUCUUUAUAAUUUUGAUUGGAUUUUUUAGGCUUUACUUUCUGCUAAAUAAACAAAUCUAUUUUAUCAAUACUAAUUUCGAAGAUUACUUUUAAUUCUUUUUACUAUUUUAUGACUACUUUUCUCAAAACUUUCUAAGGUUAUUUUUCAAUACUAACUCGAUAAAAAGGAACAUUCGGGUUAUUUAUUACAUUUCAAUCCUAGUUUAACAACACUACUUGGUAUUAAAUAAAUUUAUAAAGUAUUACGAGUUGCAUUAAAUAAUAAAUUAUUUAUACACGAGGAAAAUCGAAAAAUAACAAAUUGCUACGUUAAUUUUGUUCGGAGAGCGUAAAAUAAAUAUUUCUUCUCCUAAAAUUAUAGAUAUAUGUAUAUUAUAGCAAACUUUAGAGAAAUCUGUAGAGCACAUAUAAAAACAUGCAAAUAUAAUUUAAUAGAAUAUUUUCUUGAUGUAUAUGAUAACAAACAGAAUGUAAUUUAUAUUUCAAAGGAUUUUGCAAUAAAUUGCAAUAAAUCCGCAUUGCGCGAUGUUAUCUAGUAGAUGGUAAGUGUGACGGUGCUGAGUCGAAUAAUUAUUAAUUUAUACUUUUUUUGUAAAUAUUAGAAUUUUAACUAAUAAAAACACUUUAAAACUAUAUAAAACAUUUUAAAAACUUACUUUGUGAUAAAUUAUACUUUCUUUCCUGUCUUUUAUUUACCUGUAUAUUUUUUCCAAAUAAAAAAUAUAUAAAUUUA